AUGGCAACCCCUGCUCCGUCUCUCGGGCACUUGGUGCACGAUACCACGAUCCAGGUCGCCCGCCUCGCCGCAUUCCUCUGGUGCCAGGUCAACGCCGUUGCCGAAGUCGCGAUCUGCAUCUGCAUGGAACAGCGACCCGAGUCCGCCGCCGAGCCACCUCAGCCUCACAUCUGCAGCUACCACAAUCCAGUCUCUGGUACAAUGGGCGCUCUCUCUCUUACCACUUGCGAGACCCACGUCGACUUCAAUCUCGUCGUGAGCGCACCGGCUGAGAACCAGGGCCUUGAUCGCCCAACCCACCCACCAUGCAAGGCGCCCACCAUCUAUGUGGCGCAGCCACAUGGGCAGCAUGGCGGCGCGCUCGCAUUUGCUGCCGAAGUGCUCAGGGGCCUGGACGGCGGUGUGUGCGCGGCAGUCGCGACCAUGCUCAACCACGCCUUGGCUUGGCCCGAGCUGGGUGCGGUGUACCACACUGGCUCGACAGUGCCGCUUGUCCAGCAUCUUGCCGACAUCCUUGGUACAUCGGUGUUUGCGCCGCCGAGCCGAGCCGAACACCGAUUUUCGGCGCACACCGGCGGGGACUUCUGGCACGUGUUCUGUCGCAACGUCGAGCGGCACUCGUGCAAGAUUGCAAUCCAGGAGGGCGACGAGACCUUUCUCACUUACAAAGACCUGUGGCAACUCGCCUGUAACACCGCCGUGCGCAUUGGUGUUAAGCGCGACGAGUCGCACGCCGAAGUACCAGUGGUUGCCAUCCUGGCAGAGCGCUCCAUCGAGGCCAUCGCGGGCCAGCUUGCAGCCAUGGCUGCUGGGGUCGCGUUCGUAUACCUUUCCCCCCAGCUUCCGCUCCCCCGUCUGCAGAGAAUCGUCGAUGAUUGCGCGCCUCUGUUACUCAUUCACACCGACGCCGAGGCCGCCAUCGCCCGUCAGCUGUCCCUGCCCUUGGACACAUGUCUCCCCUCAUCGCUGGCCUUUGCGCCGCCCUCGCCGCAAGGCCUCAAGUCGCUGUCAAUGCUAUCAUACAGCCCUCAGGAACCCGCCUAUCUGGUCUACACGAGCGGCACCACCUCGGUGCCCAAAGGUGUUAUCAUUCCUCGCAGUGCCCUCGCCUCAUAUCUGAAGGCCUCGCUCGGUCUUUGGGGACAGCGCUGGUACGAUCGCCGCCUCGCUGUAGCAAGCCUCUUGUUCGACGUGUCCAUCUGCGACGUAUUUGGCAGCCUGGCAUGCGCCAGCUGCAUCGUGCUACGCCCACAGGCUCGCCUCCUUGACGGCCUCGGCCGCCAGCUGCUCUCGGAUAGGAUCUCGUUCGUGCAGCUCACGCCGACGGUCGCCAGUCUUGUCAGCAAUCCCAGCAGCCUUGCAAAUGUCCGCACCAUCAUCCUAUCCGGCGAGCCCGUCCCUCCACGUCUUGCAUCGUGGUUCGUCCAGCAGGGGAUUGACGGCGUCUGGAACGGCUACGGUCCUUCCGAGGCGACGGUAGUCACACUUGCGCAUCGCUUUGCGUCCAACACUCAACUCGGCUUCUCUCCCAUCGGUCUGCCUUUGGGCGACACAAGGGCCGUCAUCCUGGCGCCCGACACUGGUGAGGUGGUGCCGCGCGGCUUUGCCGGCCACCUUUGCCUUCUUGGCCCUCAGUUGGCGUUGGGCUAUCUAAAGCGCCCCGAGCUGACCGGCGAGGCGUUUGUCGCCGAGGGAAGAGACAGGUACUAUUACACGGGCGACCUCGCCCGCUUUCGCAGGGAGUCGGACUCGAUCGAAUGCAUGGGUCGCCUGGACCGCCAGGUCAAGCUCAAUGGCCUUCGCAUCCAGGUCGAGGAGAUCGAAGCCUCGGCCAGAGAGGUGGUCGAGGCGUGUGCAGUCCUUGUUGUUGGGGUCGCACCGGCCAAGCUCGCGUGCUUCUAUCUGCUACCCAAAGGCGAGUCCAAGAAACAGACAGAAGGUCUCUUACGCGCGCACCUCGAGCGAGACUUACCCGCCUACAUGGUUCCUACCGUUCUCAUGGCUCUGGAGGACUGGUCUAUUGCCUUGACUCCUACUGGCAAAGUUGACGGCAACUCGCUCUGCCGCAUCUGGCAGGCCUCGGUCUCGGCCCCGUUUGCGCAAAGCAACGACGACGGUAAAGAUCCCCAAUCUGGCGCGCCUCUGGAUACCGCCGAGGAGGAGGCCAUUGCAAACGCAUGGGCGCAGGUAUUGCCACCCCUCAGCGGUGACUGCUACAAUGCGCGCCUCGACAAACACAGCAACAUCUUUCAGGCCGGUGCCGACUCGAUUGGUCUCAUCCGCUUGUCGAAUGUGCUGGCUCAGCUUGGCUGGUCCCUUGGCUCCGCCGAGAUGCUCGAAACCGACGGAUCGAUCCAGGAAAUGGCCUCUCGGCUGCGCAUGGGCAGCGCCACCAACCAAUCUCGAGCCGGCGCGGAAGAGCUCCAAGCAGCAUACCAGCCUUGGUCUUUGGCACCAGGAGGCGGCACCACCACCACCAUCAACGACCAGGAGCGCUUUACGGAUGCAUUCCCUCUCCAGCUGUCGCAGCUGGCGAUGCUUGCGGCCUCACUGCGGCAUGAGGGUCCAGACGCUCCAUAUUCUGCGAGCUACUGCCUGUCGCUACCCAGCGGCAUAGAUCUCGACCAGGUCGAGGCAGCGUGUACUGCGCUUGUGGGGCGGCAUCCGUCUCUCCGCACUGUGUUCUUCAGCUCCGGCGAGGGUCUCUACCAAGCGGUCCUCAAACCAGGCCAGAGCCGCAUACGCUUCACGCAGUCAAACGACGACUUGGAUGUCAGCACGCCAGCGAGCCUCUGGAUGCAUAUCCACCAUGCGAUCUUCGAUGGCUGGUCUCUUAACAUUAUUCUCGACGAUCUCGAGGCGCUUUUGCAGGGGCCUCGACUUCCGGCGGACCAAGCGCUGUUGUCCGGAUCUGAGUUCCCUGCAUUUGUCGACCAUAGCAAAAGGCUAAGGACGGAACGAGCCAAAGAGUCGCUCGACUUCUGGCGCAAGAUGCUCGCACCACUUGAAGGCCUUCUGUGGCCGCCGCACCAGCGAUCCGAUGGAUCGCGUCCGAGGACGGACGCUCUUGUGCAAGCGAGAUUGAAGUCGCCGCGGCUCGCCGCGGGCGCUCGCCGCGUGCAUCCUCGAGCCACGCCGGCUAUCUUGGUGAGCGUUGCGCUUGCCAUAGCGUUGAAGUACCACGCCCAUGCCAAGGCUGCCGUCUUUUGGGCGGUCAGCUCUGGUCGCACCGAGUCUCCGUACGCACACCGCGCCUCGGGCUGCUACGUUGCAACCUUACCUGUCAAGGUCGACUUGACCGGCAAUGCGACGCUGCACGAUAUAUUGGCCCAGGUCGCCGCGCAGCAGAUCGAGGCUCUUCGCCACGAGCAGAGCCAACUUGACACCCAGCUUCGACCCGAUCCUCAGUGUCUUUUGACGUUCCAGAACUUCCCCGCUCGACAAACUCCGGCGCCUCAGCUACAGAUUCGCUCCCAGGACAUGGCCCGCGACUAUACCCUCUGUCUGGAUGCCUUCCCUUGCCCCGAGAAUGGCAUGAUCAAAUUUGACCUGCACUUUGACACAACGUUGGUCACUGAGUCAGAGGCUGUGACGUUCCUUGAGCACGUCAUUUAUUUCCUUGAUGCGCUAUGCGAGUCAUCGCCCGGAGAUACGCUCUCGUCCGUUGCUGGUGCUCUGGCAAGGGAAGAAGGGGUCAACUUCAGCGCUUUGCACUCUUAUCGGGACAAUGCCGGUGCGGCACCGGCAGGUGAUACGCAGGGGCUCUCCAGCUUCUGCUCGAUCGUCGAUGCAUUGCUGGCAGCCGCAACGCGCGUUCCUCGCAAGAUUGCGCUGUCGUUUGAAGACAGAGUGUUUCUCGAGUACCGGGAACUGGAGCAGCGCACUUCUGCCGUGGCUCUCGGUCUGGCCAAGCUCGGAGUCGGCCGAGGAGACACGGUCCUCGUGCGAAUGGAUCGGGGCAUCGACCAGAUUGUUGCAAUCUACGGAGUCAUCCGCUGCGGCGCGGCCAUGGUGCCUCUGGACCCUGCCUUUUCUCAGGAGAGGCAGGAGUUCCUAGCCCGCGACUCUGGCGCCCGUAUCGUGUUAGUGGAGUCCAAAGAUGUCGAGCAAGCGCCCGAGCUAAGCGACGCAACGGUAAAACAGUUGUCUGAGGUCGAGACCGCCACAACAGUGCCCGGAGUUCUUGAUUCAAGACGCUUGGAGAUGAUCCAACCCAACGACGUGGCAUAUCGUCUCUACACAAGUGGUACCACAGGCCAGCCAAAGGCCGUUGAGAUCCCACACUCGGCGCUGAUGAGCUUUGUCGAAGCGACGUCGCUCUAUCGCCAGAUGUGGACCUCGCGCCGCCUUGCUGUGGCCGCUUUCACGUUUGAUGUGAGCGUUCAUGACUGGGCUGCGACGCUCAGUCUCGGCGCCACCUUGUGCAUCUCGUCCUCGGACCGGCUCUUUGGCGAUAUCACACACACGCUCAACACGCUCCGGGUCAGCUCAGCACAGAUGACGCCGACCGUUGCCUCGCUGAUCGAUGCAGAACGCCUACAGCAUCUCGACACCCUCAUCCUCUCUGGAGAACCUUUGAGCGCGGCGCUACGCAAUAAGUUUGUUGGCAAGCUCAACUUCUUCAACAGCUACGGACCAACGGAGACAACGGUUGACGUCUGCUCGCAUCGCUUUGAGCCUUCGGACGUCGACGUACCUUUUGUGCCUAUUGGACGCCCCAUGGGGUUCAACGAGCUGCUGGUCGUCGAUCCCGACACGCUACAACCAAUGCCCCUUCUCUGUCCGGGCGAGCUUCUGAUCGGCGGACCUCAGGUUGGCCUGGGCUACGCAAACCGCAGCGAGCUCACGAAGAAGCAUUUCGUUCUGCAUGCAGCCUGGCCUGGUGCCUCGGCUAAACGCCUAUACCGCACCGGCGACCUCUGUCGGCUUCACCUCAACGGUCUCAUGCAGCACAUGGGACGCAUCGACUCGCAGGUUAAGCUACAAGGCAGGCGCAUCGAAGUCGAAGAGAUCGAGAGUGUCAUCACCGCAGCUCUCGACACGCACCAGCAGCAGCAGCAUGAGCUGCGUCGUCCACAGGUGUGCGUUAGCAUUGUCGACAAGGGCGGCAGCCAAUCUCUGGCUGCGUGGAUCUCAUACUCGACGGCGGCGAAAGGGCCCGUCGAGGGUGGGGCCACCAUCACCUGGCUACCACAGGCCGAAGCCGAGCGGGUGUUGGAGCAUUGCCGCCGCACUUUGCCCCGCUACAUGGUGCCCAGGGAUCUGUACCUUGUGCAAGACAUGCCCGUCACCGCCUCCGGCAAGGUCGACCGCAGGGGCCUCGCACGCUCCACCCGGCUGGACCUCUCUUCGCCGCCCAGAGACGCAGACAAAUCAGUAUCUGAAGCCAAUACACACGCAGCUCAGCGUGGUAUUACCCGGUCGGCGCGCCGCAAGCCCUCCUCUCGCUUCGCCGGACUGCUCUGCCAAGCUUACACUAGUGUCUUUGACCGCUGGAUCAACGACGAAAACGCCGACUUUUCCGAGCUUGGGGGCGACUCAAUCAGCGUCAUCCGGAUUCUAGCCAGCCUGCGCUCGCUCCUUGCCAAAGGAGAGGAGCUUGAGCUUCGGCCAAGCCACUUCUUUCAGUUGCGCACGAUCGGCGACCUGGCCGCAUUCUGGAACCAGCAGACUACCAGACAAGCUGGUGGAAGCGGUGCCGAUGACAUCUGCGAACGCCGUGCCAGUAGCAGCGACGGCAACGCGAGCAAUAGCACGCCAAGCGUCUCGACAGAAGAGGUAAAAUCUGCAGCGCACGUGGCAUCGCUGAGACCCGAAGACAUCGAGGAGGCGUAUCCUGCGGUCCGCCUCCAAGAAGGUCUUGUGUCGUUAUCGCUCCAGGAUCCCUCACUCUACUUUGCCACAUUCCGAUGGAAGUUGUCGCCGGGCAUCAACCCAGACCGAGUGCUUCAGGCGUGGACCACAGUUGUGUCCCGCCGACCGAUGCUGCGCACCGUGUUCGUCCCCUCUGACCAUGGCCGCAUCCUGCAGCUGGUGCUCAAGGCUUCGGCCUCGGCCUCGUCCACUGCCCCGCACCCCACCUCCUUCAAUUGGGGUGUAGUCCCCCUCAUGGCGACCAUCGAACGUGGAGAGAGCACCUCACCGUCGCUGUCCCCCUCGCCGUCGUUUAGACUCGAUAUACAUCAUGCGCUCUACGAUGGCUGGACACUAAAACUGCUCCUGGCGGAUCUAUGCAGCGCCUACUACAACGAACUGUUGCCUGAGCGACCCAGCUUUGCCUCGGUUCAGGCGAUCGAGGAGGCGAGCGACAUGACCAAACAUAUGGCCUUCUGGGCACGCGAGCUCGAGGGCAGCCCCGUGCCCAACUGGCCGUGCAGGCCCCACGCGCGCCUCAAGGCAGAUCACCGGGCUACAGUCCACGUGGAUGUCGCCCGGCUUGACCAGCUCGUGUCACAGGCUAGAUUGAGUGCCGCCACCGUCGUGGAGACAGCGCUUGCUCUGGUAAUGGCACGCUAUGCCGAUGCGCAGGAUGUCAUCUUUGACGUGGUCAGCAGCGGCCGAUCGGGCGCUCGAAGCGUCGUGGCCAACAUCGACCAGAUCCUGGGACCGUGCGUUGUCACGUAUCCGCUCCGUGUGCGCCUCGACAGGUAUGCAAGCAUUUCCGACCUCGUCCGAGGGCUGUUGCAGCACCAGUCGGACGAGCUUGUUCAUCACGAAGCUGCCGGUCUGACCAAUAUUGUCAAAGCAGCUAAGCUGCCAGCCGCGCAGCAGAUCUCGUCUACGCUUCUCACGCUGUCAGCCGAAAACGGCUCCAGAAGCAAGCAGCAGCCGCUCUUUGAGGGCGCAGUCACGUCCUCAAUGCGGCGCAACUAUGCCGUCUGUCUUGAUGUCGACGUCGGCCCGGACGGGAUCGAUUUUGACGUACACUUUGAUCCCGCCACCAUCGUCAGGCAGGAUGCGUGCCAACUGGCUGCACACGUCGGCCAUGCCGUCUAUGCCAUCCUCACGUCGGGCGAUACCUCACUGGACACCUUCCGUUUGUUUGGACCCGCGGACCAGCAGAUCGUCUCAGAUAUGGAGCGCGACACCCAGCAAAGAUCGAACCAGCUGCAGCGCGAGCCACUGCUGCUGGCACACCAGUACCUCGAGGCUCACGCCCGCACGAGCCCCUCCAAGAUCGCCCUCCAAUACCAGGAUCGUUUUAUAACAUAUGCCGAGUUCGAACAACGCGCAUCAAUGCGUGCCAAGAGCAUCCGUGUCCGACUAGUCGAGGCUAGCGGUAGCGGAAAGCAGCGGCUUCCGCUGGUACCCAUCAUCGCUGACAAGGACGAUGACUUUGUCAUCAACGCCUUUGCCGUUCUCAAAGCCGGGGGCGCAUACGUUCCCAUCAGUCCGUACUGGCCUUCGGGUCGGCGUAACGAGGUACUUCGACGCACCGCUGCAGCCUUUGCCAUCACCAAGGCGGACCUGGUCGAACAACUGCGCCGAGAGACGAAAGGACAAUGCGAGCCCCUGACAGCAGAGUGUCUAGAGCAGCAGCAGCAACAGCAGCAUCAACCGUCGCUACAAUCGAACGGGGAUAUCAGCCUGCCGUUCACGGCGCCUGACAAUGCAUCGGAUCGCGUCGACUUCUACGGGCCUGACGAGGCGCGGCUGGCCUAUCUGCUCUUCACCUCUGGCACGACGGGCACUCCCAAGGGUGUUCAAGUCACGGCAAACAAUCUGGCGGCAUUCCUUCGAGGCGCUAGUCACCGCUACCAGCCGUACACAAGUGCCUGGACCCGGCGAGGCUCGUUCGCCGCCCAGACGUUUGACGUGUCGUGCCACGACAUCUUUGGGGCCGUCGCGGCGGGCUCCAGCCUCUGCAUGGCUCCGUCGCUCGAGAUGCAGCUCGACCUCCAGCACACACUCGAGGAGCUGCGUGUGAGCCUGAUCCAGCUCACGCCGUCGGUGGCCCAAAUCCUUGACUAUACAGGCCUACCACACCUCCAGGCACUCAUCACAAGCGGCGAGGCACUGCCCGCCAGCCUCGUCGUCGGCGUGACGCAGCACGUGCCCCUCUUCAACAGUAACGGCCCGACCGAGGCCACAGUCGACUACAGCAGCCGCCUCUACAGCGCUUUGCCAUCCACACCCAACGAGGCAGUGGGGGAGUAUCAAGAGCCGUGGGUCUCGGUGGGAACGCCCAUAGGGUUCUCACGAUUCUAUGUUCUCGACUCCCAGCAACGCCUCUGUGCCACAGGUGAACCCGGAGAGGUCGUAGUGGCCGGUCCACAGGUGGCGGCUGGCUACCUCGACAUGUCAGGCGAGACGGCCAAGGCGUUCUAUAGGCAUCCGCAGCUCGGAGACAUCUAUGCCACCGGUGACCGAGGCAUCCUGCAUGCCAACGGCGAACUGCAGCUUCUGGGACGUCGGGACGGACAGGUGAAGAUCCGGGGACUGCGAAUCGAGCUUGGCGAGAUUGCCGCAGUCCUUGAACGCGCCACUCUUGUGGCUGCUGCAGCCGUAUACCUUGACCCAGACAAUGCGGAGCAAAUUGCGGCGUUCAUUGCCACCAAGCACAGUGUCGGCGAUCUGUCCAGUGACCAGGUUGCCGCCAGGGUGCGUGUUGAGGCGGCGCGGUCGCUUGCGCCGUAUAUGAUGCCGGCCAGCAUCACAGUUGUGGGCACUGAGCUUCCCAUUACUUCCUCGGGCAAGGUCGAUAAGAGCGCGCUCUUUGAUGGCGAGCGCCGCACCCGCACCCAGCACCGAAACCGCCCGGCCAUCGCCGUCCAAGAGCGUGCCAAUCUUGAGGCCUCGGUCUCUGCCGCCCAACCCACUUCCUCUGUCGCUCCCACGGAGAAAGCACUCGAGGCCCAAACCGAUCAUACGACGCUGACGCCCGUACAGCAGGCGGUACGCAGCGCGUGGGCCAGUGUGCUCCAAGUGUCGGAACGAGUUCUCGACCUACACACGACGUGGUCUGCUGCGGGCGGCGACUCGAUCCAAAUGAUCCGUCUCUUUUCAGCGUGCCGCCGUGCCGGUAUCUCUCUCUUGCCAGGCUCAGGAACAACGAUAUUUGAGCAGGCGCUGACGGCCAAAGUCGGAAAGGAACUUCUCAGUGGCUCUGCAGCCGCGCCUGGCUCUGGAGAGAGCGACACCGUCCGCAACGUGGUCCUCUCUCCGAUCCAGCGCCACUUUUUCGCCAAGACUGGGCCGAUCGACCAUUACAACCAGUCAAUGCUCCUGCAGCUGCACUCGAGCGUGGAUUCGCUGCACCUAGCCAAGAGUCUAGAUACCUUGGUGCGUCGUCAUGCCCAGCUGCGAGCCAGUUUCACCCGCACCAAGCGAGGCCGGGUGAUGCAGCACCUGCUUCCACCAGCGCAGGCGUUGGGCUGGCCCGUCAACACGGUCGGAGACCGAGAGAUCGAGGACAUCGACGAGAUCAACCGUCUUCUGCAGCAACAGAGCGCCUCCCUCAAGGUGUUUGCCGAGCCACCGCAGCAUGCAAGCUCGCUUCUGGCCGCGCUUGUCUUUACUUUCCAAGGCCGGCGUCACGCCUUCCUUACCGCGCACCACCUUGUCGUUGACCUGGUUUCGUGGAACGUUCUCCUCGAUGCGCUUAUGGAAAUGCUAGCUGCCAGCGACAAUGGUAUCAGCAAGCGCGUCGCCGAGCAGAAGAAAGAGAAAGAGGCCAAUUUUGCUGCUUUUUCCGCUGCAAUGUUCAAGGAGAUUAGGAGCGUCGUACUGCAGGGUGACGGACCUCGCUUCACGCAAGUCAUCCCGGAGCAGCAGCAAGCGCAUGGCGAUGGCCAUCCUAUCAGUGUCGGCGAGUGGGAGACGUCAGUCUUCAGCAUCGGUCCACUCAGUCAGUCAUGCAUUCGUCGCCGCCACCUCGAGACGCUCGACAUCAUGCUGGCGGCGCUUGCCUUGGCCAUCCGCGAAACCAGGGGCGAGCACACGCCGGUGAUUGCGCUCGAGGGACAUGGCCGCGACGUUCUUCCACCCUCAUCCCAGGUCGAGCUCGACGCAGCGGUCGGCUGGUUUACCAACAUCUCUCCUCUAUCGCUCCCCACCUCAGACUCGUCGAUCGAAGCUACCCUCCGAGGGAUCCGCGACGCGAGACUCGCAGGCCUCGAACCUCUACUUGGCGCCGCCGAGCUCGGGGCGCUUGCACCUGCAUCACAACAUGCACCUCGCUGGCCGCUUCUCUUCAAUCUGCACAGCAAAAGCGCAAGCAGCCCCACGCACGACGGUCCCUUUGAGCUCAUGAGCACAGGAGCGUGCUCUGCCCGGGGCUUCCAGUGGACCGAUGUAGGGUAUCAAGCAGUGAGGGACGCGGCUCUGGCCAUCGACGUCGAGCCGGAUGUCCUAAACCCAGCCUCCUUCAUCGUCGAGAUGCAUCACCGAUCCCACGCCAGUGACUCAGUCCAGUGUCUUGGUCUCGCACUGCAGACGGCCGUCAUCGCCAUUGAUCGCCACAACCGUGAGGCCGUUUCCAAGCCCUUGACCUGCAUUCCGGAUCUCUGCCGCAGCGAUCUUUUUCCGCAUCUCAUGCUGAACCGCGAGCAGUUUAAUCGACUGACAAAAGACACGCUUCUCCAGGCAGGCAUCAGGCUCGAUCAGGUCGCUGAUCUCGUCCGCGCUCUGCCAACGCAGCAGGCGCUGGUGUGGGAGACGCAGAGGGCGCCAGGUGCCUACAUCACUUCGCGCACGUUCAAUUUCGCAGAAGGCGACGCGCCCAACGCGGUAUGGCGCUUGCAGUCGGCUGUCGAGAGGCUCGUCGACGCCCACCCGAUCCUGCUCCGCAGCCGCUUCGUUCUCGAUCGCGACCUGGGGCUGCUCAUUGCCGUCCUGCGAGCUGGGUGCGCUCCGACUGUAUGGUUUGACCGCAUGGAUGACGACGACAGCAGCGACGAGGCUCUCCAGCACGUCGGAGAUCCCUUUCUGCAGCCGUUUGGCGUCGUGCUGCGUCGCCACGGGCCUCAGCGGCAGGUAGUUGCCGAGGUCCGCAUCCACCACGCCCUCGUCGAUGCAUGGACAAUGCACAUCCUCGUCCAGGACCUUGGCGCGCUUUUGGUCGAUCCCUGCGCCGAGCCCAAUCGAGGUCGCUUGCAGUUCAAAACCUACCUACUCCAGAUGGCCACAAAGGACCGCACGGUCUCGCGCUCUUUCUGGACUCGGCUGCUGCAAGACCUCAAGGCCGUCUCCUCCACGCCUGCAUUUGCAGAACGCCGUAGAGCCUUGAAAGAUUCGCGCCCGCUUGCUGCUAGAAUGGCGCGUGUGCGCCAGCAGUUCUGCAUACCGCGCGACCAGCUCGAAGACACCGGCGUCUCGGAGUCAACCAUAUUCUUGCUCGCAUGGGGAGUGGUGCUUGCCGCGCACUCGCGCCAACGCAGCGUCGUCACCGGUCUCAUCCUGAGCGGCCGAGACGGCGCCAUCCCUGGCAUCGACAACAUGGCUGGCCCUACCAUCACGACGCUGCCGCUGCCCAUCUCUCUCCGCGCUGACUGGGACCUGCAGAGCCAGCUACUUCAGCUUGAGCGUGCCGUUGCGCUUGUAUCACAGCACGCCGACGUCGGUCUCGCUGAGGUUGCCAGCUGGGCAGGGUGGCCGGCAGAUGCACUGACCAGCUUUGCUACCUUCCGCAACCUCCCAGGUGACGACGGCCGGACUGCCAGCGACUCGCUCGUGGAGCUUGAGGAGCUGGCCGAGGACAACGAGCAGGUCCCCGUCUCGGUGGCUGCAGGCGCUGGCACAGAGAGGCACUGGCUGGAGCUCAACUACAACUCGACUAUGUUUGACGCGCAGGAGGCUAAAGCACUGGCCAACGACACCUGCUCCAUCUGGAAAAAGCUCCUGACCAAAGGCGGCCAUAAGGACGUUGAUGCGCUCAUUGGUUUCGUCCAGCCAGUGCCACGCGCACCGGCGGCUGUUGCAGAUCUGCACAGGCAAUUCGACGGCAUCGGCAGCCAAUCCCCGGUCUCUGCUGCGGCGGGGACUGAGCCUAAGCCAGAGUUCAAGCUCUCCACAGAGCUUGGUGCGCAAUUGGAGCAGAAAUCAGCAACCACGGGCCUGAGGGAGCAGCUUGAGCGCAUAUGGUGCGAUGUACUUGCGAUUCCGGAACAGCGUUGUCCACACGACGUUCCUUUCUCCGAACUCGGAGGCAGCUCGCUCGCUUCGAUGCGUCUGAUUUCUGCUAUGCGUAACGCUGGCAUUAAGGCCAAUGUGUCGGAUCUCCUCCAGGCUAACACCAUCUCGUGCCUGGCCACUAGGCUGCUCGGCAAAGCGCGCCAGCAAGACAAUGCAACACACGCUUCAACGAGUAAGAUCAAACCGGGAUUCACAGUGGUGUCGCGACAGGCUGAGGCAGACACUGCUGUGCUCGACUCCGCUUCCUGUCAAGAACCGGCUUCAGCGGCAGAAGACUCGCCGCCUGCUGACGCUGAGGCGUUCUCCACGUUCGAAUGCACACCCGUCCAGCUGGCAGUUCUCAGUGCCGCGUCCGUUCACGACGAUACUAUCCAAACAAUAACAGAUGACAGCGACAGUGCCUCACCACUGCGCUCAACGCCGUACUGUGCCGAACUCACCUUCAGUGUCAGGAGCGACAUCGACCCUGUGCGGCUGAAGAGGGCCUUCCAUUGCCUGGUUGACAGCCACGACAUCCUUCGGACGGCCUUUGUUGCCAGCGAAGGCGACAAAGAGGGGGGGGCAAGCUUUCGAGCGAUUUGCUACCCGCCUGGAUCGCCUCGAAUUCCCAGUCUUGAGCUCGACACCACAACUUCGGCCCACCAGGAUCCUCUACCCACGGCCACCGGCACGGUGGCCUGGAAGGCCGCGCUACAAGGAAGAAAGCUGGUGUGGCAUAUCUCACAUGCCCUCUACGACGGUGCGACCCUCGACAUCUUCCUACGAGACCUUGACAUUCUCUACACGCAGCUCGGCCUGCCUCAUGCCGUCGGCGUCGCGGACCUCGGUGUGUCUAGACACAGCUAUGCCAAGUUCGCCAAGGUUGCCAACCGGUGGGCCGACGACCAGGCCGCGGCUUCGUUCUGGUCGCAACGCCUUGCCGGUGCCUCCCUAACGCAGCUGUGGCCAUCUGUGGCAGACAACGUGCCCUGUGCCACAAACCAGAUCGAAAUCGACUCUGAGGGAAGCCUCGAGACGGCAGCAAGUCGACUUGGCUGCCUGCCGGGUGCCCUUGUCCGCGCUGCCGUGGGCCUGCUCCUCUGCCAGCUCCAUGAAACGGACCAUGUCGUCUUUGACUGGGUCUCGUCCGGUCGGUCCGUGCCUGGCUUUGAUGAGACAGCCGGCCCCAUGGUGGCGACCUAUCCCGCGAAUGUGACCAUCAACCGCCAGGAGGACGACGCAGCAGAGACGAUUCAGCAGAUAGCUACCCGGAUUCAAGAGGAACUCAUCCAAGAGAUGCAGCACGAGCAUUUCGGCAUGAACCGCAUCCUCCGAGCAGCAAAGCUCUCGGGGCAGCGCAGCCAGCUUUUGGUCACCUAUCAAGCCCCCGCCGUACGUCGGCCGAAGGAACGCAUCGUAGAAUUCGAAAGAGGCUCUAUGACGCUCGACUAUGUUGUUUCGCUUGAGGUCCAAGAUCGGACCGCCCUCGUGGGUCGCCCCUCGUUCCGUACCACGACGGUUUACGACGCCCAAGUCCUGUCACGCGGCGAUGCCAUCUCCUUGACCCAGCAGCUUGGCUAUUUACUCGGCGCACUCAGCAAAGCUGCACCACUCGACACUGCCAGCUCCCCAAGCGCUCGCCUGCUGAGCCUCUCGAUGGGCCCCACCGAGCUGGAGACAGCGCACGGGCUGUGCUCCGCAGAUGCUCGACUGAGUGGGUCCUGGCCGCUCCUCCACGAUCUCGUCAUCCAGCAGAGCGUGGCGACACCUCGAAAAGUGGCGCUGCAGUUUAACGACGAGUUCGUCACCUACGCCCAGCUCGUGUUGAGAGCGCAAUGGGUGGCAGACCACAUCGUGGCAGCAUUCGGCAAAGAUCGCCGCUCUGGCCGCCAACCUUGCAUAGGAGUUAGUAUGUCCCGCGGCAUCGACAUGGUCCUGGCUCUACUCGGGGUCCUCAUGGCGGGGGCCGCGUAUGUACCCCUCGAUCCGGACCUGCCCCAUACACGAUACCAGUUGGCGAUCCGGGCGACCGGCGCCAAGCUAGUACUUGCCUCGCAGGACAUUGUCUCGGCCAAUGUCUCCCACGUAGACGCAUCUGACGUCGAGUUUGUAACGUUGUCCGAGCUCGCCAAGAGAGCCAACCAACAGCAGCAGCUCCGAGAAAGACCCGACUCCAUCACAGCCGUCGUCCAGCCCAACGAUCUUGCAUACGUGAUCCCUACCUCGGGCUCGACAGGCACGCCCAAGGCCUGUGCAAUCGAACACCGCAACGUUUCAGCGUUCCUCACGGCGGCGACGCGCUUCUACGGGCUGACGGCCUUCAGUCGCAAGCUGCAGGCGGCCAACUUUACCUUUGACGUGAGCGUGUUCGACAUCUGGGGUACACUCUCUGUUGGUGGCUGCGUCAUCCUGGCACCCAGGGGGGAGCUCUUUGGCGACAUGGCUGGCGUCAUCAACAAGACCUCCGCCACGUUCCUCGAUCUCACUCCCACGCUCGCGUCUUUGCUCAGCCCUAGCAGCUUGCCCACUGUCUCCUCCAUCCUCUUUGGCGGCGAGGCGCUCCCACGCAAGAUCCUCAAAACCUGGAUAUCGGAGCCCGGUGUCGCCGUCUUCAACGCUUCGGCGCCCACCGAGUGUGUUGUCAAUGCCCUGGCACAUCGAUUCAACCGCUCCUCGGCCCAUCUGCCGUACAUCCCCAUCGGCCGGGCACUCGGCCAUUCCAGAAUCUACCUUCUGGACAAUCAGAUGCGGCCCGUGCGAUUAGGCCAAGUUGGCGAGAUCUACAUUGGCGGGCCGCAGGUCGGUCGCGGAUACCUGGGUGACGAAGAAAAGACACGACAAUCGUUCCUGCGGGACGUCACGAUUAAGAUAGGCAGAAUCACGUUCCACGAGGAGCGCCUGUUCCGCUCUGGCGACACUGCCAAGCUGCACGGAGAGGGACUCGUUGAGCAUCUCGGCAGACGAGACCACCAGGUCAAGCUCAAGGGACUCAGGAUCGAGUUAGGCGACAUCGAAUCGCAGCUCUCGAGCUUGCCUGGCGUCCGACUGGCGGCCGUCCAGAAGGCUGUGGCGCCGGGCGGCGGCGGUAUAUUGUCCAAGGAGACCCUCAUCGGCUUCGUCGAGCUCCAAGCUGCUCAUGAUGGGGGCCAAGCGGACGCUACAACCUCAGAAGCCCGGGUUCCCCUUGUCGAGCGUCUGCUUGCUGAUCUGCAGCUACGUCUGCCGUCGUACAUGGUCCCUGAGUCCAUCGAGCUGGUACCGAACCUGCCUCUCACGCCUUCGGGCAAGGUGGACCGGAAAGACCUCAAGAGGCUGGCCGAUGCACUGCUCGCCAAGGCAGGUGCCAACAGGACCGACGCGAUGAGGAGCGACACCACCGCCCCCGAGGACGAAAUUGAAGCCAAACUUGUCGAGCUGAGCGCCAAGAUCCUCGGACACGCUGCCAAGCACGUCUCAACAACAGCGGGCUGGUCGCACCUCGGCGGCGACUCGAUUGCUAGCAUCCAGCUCAUCUCUGCGUGUCGCAAGGCGUUUGGCACCCGUCUGGCGUUUGGAAGCGUCCUCCGAUCGACGACGCUGCGACAGGUGGCAGCCAUGGUCCGACGCUCCACCAAAGCGACAACGGGCGCACAGAAUGCCGAUGCUGCAUCGAGCUUGGAGCGCUCCGACUCUUCCAGGGCACUGUGCGUGCCUCUGACCCCUUUGCAACGGCGGUUCGUGCAUCUCUUUGGAGCUGAAGGAGAGAGCGGGUUGGAACACUACUCUCAGUCUCACCUGAUCUCCCUCCGCGGCCGUGCAAGCUCCUGGACGCGCGAGGAGCUUGAAAUGAUGCUGCGCAACAUCGAGGAUCGGCAUGCCGCGCUCUCGUGCACCCUUACGCCGCACGGCAUGUCACAGGGCCUGCGGCCCCGCAGGCGCCUCACACUGCACCAGGAAGCGAUAGCAACUUGCAAAGAUCUCGGAGUCGUUUGCUCGGCCACCAUCCACCGGGUCUCGCUCGCCGAGUCGCGCCUGUUUGAGGCGACACUGAUCGAAGUGGGCGCAGGCAGCCAGAAGUUCGUAAUGCUUACGGCACACCACUUUGUUGUCGACAUCGUCAGCUGGCAGAUCAUCCUGGGCGAUCUUGCAAGCCAGCUUUCCAGCGGUCCAGCGAUUUCUGCACUUGGACAGGCAACCGACACGUUCCUCUCGUGGAGCCAGGACCAUGACAAGCAUCCGGGGCACAUCACGAAGGUGUCAAUACAGCCUCUGGAGCAGCUCAGCACCAGCAGCAGUUCAGCUCUGGCCCAAAGAGGCGGCGUUGUCUCUAACAGUCAAGAAGUCAAGCUCGACGUCGCAUGGUUCUGUGCCAGUCGCGAGAUUGACCUGGAGCAUCUGAUGGUUGCGGCCCUCACUUGCUCGUUGCGAGACACAGCCACCUGCCGCAUGAGCUGCACAGCGUCGUCGAGCGUGACCCUGGCCGUGGAAAGCCACGGCAGGGAGCCGUGGCUGCAAGUUCAGGACGUGACCCGGACCGUCGGUUGGCUCUCGGCCUUCUACGCAGCAAGUUUGGACCUCUCGGCGAUCGAAGACCCGAUUACGGCCCUGGUGAGCGCCAAAGACGCUCUGUGCGUCGCCAAGCGCCGUGGCUACUGCCUGCCUGAUGGUGAAGCUCUUUGGCCUGUUGUCAUGAACUACCAUGGUCGUCGAGCUGCGUCGUUGGCAGCAGACUCAACUGUGUUUAACGAUGUAGACCUCCCGACUCGCGAGGGGGGCCACGGUCUGGUGCGCGACGCCAUCAUCAACGUUGAGAUCGAGCUCUCCGCCGAUGGCCGCAAACUCGAUUGGACGGUCGAGGGGCCAGCCUGUCUCAACACUAAGGUCUCAGCGGUCUCUAUGGGCAUUAAGGCGGCUCUGAAUACCAUCAUCAUGCACGUUGCUCCCAGCAAUCGACCAUCGCGUCUUGGCCUGACGCUGGUCGACAUCUCGGUGGAACUGGAUGCGCCGGCUUAUGAUGAGCUGCGCAAAGGUAUCAUUCCAAGCCUUGGCCUCGUGCCCUGGCAGCUCGAGCGCGUGACCGGAUGCACACCACUGCAGACAGCACUUGUUGCGGCGGGAGAUGGAUCCGAUCGCUAUCGCAGCCAUCGCGAGUACCAGGUGUCUGCCUCGCGCAAUGUCACUUCGGCAGCGCUCGCUCGGGCUUGGAAGGCUGUGGUGCGCAGCACCGACGUGCUUCGCAGCCGAUUUGCAUAUCAUUCUACUCUCGGGCUGAUGUGCCUGGUGCUUGCACCAAGUGAAGAGGCGUCAGUGUUCAUCUCGCGGGAUGCCACUGAGUACCAGGCGUGGCUGACCUUUCAGGGCGACCCGGGCCGGUCGCCUGUCGCUGCAGCGAUCCUUGAGGACGAGUCGGGUAUAGUGCAGAAGCUCUGCCUAGCAAUCCACCACGCCGCCACCGACGCUUGGACCAACAACCUGAUUGAGCAGGACCUGGUCAAUGCGUGCCACGCGGGGCCCGAAAUGCUCUCGCCUUCGCCGAGCUUCCAGGCUGUGCUCGACUGGUACAAGAAGCAGGACCCCGCACAGAGCUGCGCAUUCUGGACCGACUACCUUUCUGGCAUGCCUGAGAGCCCGUGGCCUGUUGCAACCAUCGAAGCGCGGCAGGCGUUGGUGGCUUCGUCGCCGCCCGUCUUUGAACGCGCCUGGUCACGCACACCAGGCUGUGUAUCGGCAGCGCUCGAGCGCAUGGCGCAGCAGUUUGGAGUACUCGCCUCGGAUCUGCUGCAGUUGACAUGGGCCGUGUGCCUGCAUCGCCGCUCGUUGCAGGACGUUGGUGCCGCACCUGCCGACGUCUGCUUUGGCAUUGUGCUUUCAGGGCGAGACGUUGCCGUGGACAACAUUGAGGAGAUCCGCGGACCGUGCAUCCAGACGGUGGUCGCACGCUACACCUUUGAGCAUACCGAGAGGGUGCACGACGUGCUUAAGCGCAUGCAGAACAUGCAGGACAGGGCCAAGACCCACGCCUGGGUCGGACUCGACGGAAUCCUCAGGGCUACGCCAGCUGGCUCCAUCCACGACCUCGUGCGCACGCUGGUCACGUACCGCAACCUUCCAGGAGACAGCGACAAGGACGACAAUAUCAAGGGCGUGGCCAGAAUGUUGCGUCAGGUAGACAGUGAUGACCGCAUCACCAUCCCAAUCUCAGUGACGGCCUAUCCGGCCGGCGCUGGUGCCGACGCCGUCGAGUUUGACCUCCUCUACGAUACAAUGGCUGUGGCGCCUUGCGACGCGGUGUGUCUUGCCGACGAGCUGGCGCACACGUUCGUCGAGCUGAUGAGAGCGCUCGAGUCUGGCAACAGCUUUGCCUCGGUCGAGCCACUUCCCGAGAAACAGAUGGAGCUGGUGCAAAACAGCUGCACGAGCCGAGCCGAUGCUACACUAGCGCCAGCCACAGACCUCGUAUCUUUGCUGCUCGCCCAGACGCAACGGUACCCGAGCAAGAUCUGCAUCCAGCAGCGCGACACGUUCCUCACCUACCGCGACGUCGAACGCAAGAGCGAGCAGCUGGCGCGUCGCAUCCGCAGGUACGGUCUGCCGCUCAACAGCAUGGUCCCGCUCCGGUUCCACAAGGACCAUCGCCUGCUGCUUGCCAUCCUUGGCGUGCUGAGGGCUGGCCAUGCUUACGUGCCCAUCGAUCCUGAGCUGCCCGAGCAGCGUCAGAACUUUCUCAUUCAGCAGGUACAGGCGCGACUCGUGGUGCAGGACCAAGCAUCGCAUCCUGCGUUGCCACCCCUUGACAAACUUCCAUGCACCGUAGCCACCUUUGAAGCGCUCAUGGGGGAAGCCGAAGCCGAGCAGUCAGCGGUGCACGACGAGGACGACGACCACGACUACGCCGCGUCGUUGCCUGUCCCAUCUUUCGACGAUGCGUGCUACGUAAUCUACACCUCGGGCUCGACGGGAACGCCCAAGGGUUGCGUGGUCAAGCAUGGCAACGUGGCGCAGUACUGCACAAGUUAUGCAUCUGCCAACGCGGUACCCUCGGACUGGACAGACCGCACGCUUACUAUCAGUAACACGAGCUUCGACGCCUCGAUCUGCGAGUACUUUGUCUCUCUCGUAACGGGUGCCACGGUAUGCUUUGCGACCAAAGAUCAGAUUCUCUCCGACCUGCUGGGCCAAGUCAACCAUCUGCGCAUCACCACGGGCUUCAUGACUCCUUCGCUCUGCCGCACCGCCGAUUUUGCGGGUCAGGCGCCAACGCUCAAGCGCUGGUCGCUGGGCGGCGAGAUGGUGCCAAGGGACCUUGUCGAGGCCCUGUCCAAGGGUGGCAUCGAGGUCUACACCGGAUACGGUCCAACCGAGACGACCGUCAUGGUGGUCACAGGACGGCUUGACACGGGCAAUGUGGCUGGCUUCCUGCCGCUUGGACGACCCAACCCGGGCACCUUCCUGCGCAUCGUCGAUGGCUUUGGCCGCACGUGCCCCGCCGGAGCUACGGGCGAGCUCAUGAUUGGUGGAGGCCAGGUUUCGGCUGGCUACCUGGACAUCGAAUCCGACAGCUUCUUCACGGACAAGAACGGAGUGCGGUGGUACCGGACCGGCGACUACGCCUGCCUGCACGGCGACGGCCGGAUCCAGAUACUGGGGCGCCGCGACGCGCAGAUCAAGCUCCGGGGUCAGCGCAUCGACCUGGGAGAGGUGGAGGCGGCCGCCACGUCGCUCGACGACGUCGCCGAAGCGGCUGUCGAGCUUGUGGGCGACACACUAGUGGGCGGUUUCUGCCCUGCGACCGGGCGCCACGCGCGAGAAUGUACCCACGAGCUCAAGCACAAUCUGGUGCAGCGGUGCCAGGAACGUGUGCCGCCGUUUGCGGUGCCCGAGCACUGGGUGGCACUGGAGAGACUGCCGCGGACGCAGAACGACAAGCUGGAUCGCAACGCGCUGCGCAAGUGGCUGGAUGCUGCCAUCAAGGCAGCGGCGCAGCGCCAAGAGGAGAAGAAGAGGACGACGACGACGGACGAGGCACCGCGGACCGAGCACGAGGAGCGCAUUGCGCAGGCGUGGGCGCGAGCUCUGGGGAUCGAGGCCGAGAGCAUCGGACUCGACGACAACUUUACAGCGCUCGGUGGCGAUUCGAUCAAGGCGGUGCGCGCGGCGACGUAUCUGCGUGCCACGGCACCGAGCGACACCAGCAGCAGCGGCACCGUCAGCGUUGCAGCCAUGCUGAGAUGCCGCACCGUGCGAGCCUAUGCCGUCGAGCUGGCGCGCGCCACCCGAGAGCACAUCGCAGCGGCUGCGUCGCUCGUCAACGCCCACCCUGGCUCGGACUCUAGCCCCUCCAUAACAGUGCUCAAGCCGGCCCGAACAUCUUCACGAAGGAUGCAGCGAUUUGGACUGCUGUCGCAGACGCGCAAGCCAAUGAUUGGCUGAACCAAAGGCCCCUUUAAGGACAGUGCAGUAUUGCAUGUACACAGCACAUAGUAGUAUGCAGUCAUCCCAACGUACGUACCAUGGAAAUGCAUCAGUUGCAAAUGG